UUCGUAUGUCAACAAAAAAUGUUUCCUGUGUAUUUCUGGGAUGUCAUAUAUAGAAAGACCUAAUAACAAUAAUUAGAUUAUACGUCUAUGCAUAUACAUCGUUUUUGUUGUGAUUAACUGAUUACAGCCUUCUGCCUGAGUCAAGAAAAAUUGGAAAUAGCAUUUAAUUUCACAAUGAGGAUAACAUUUUUAGGGCAUUAAUACAUAAAGCAGAACACUAACCAUUUUAUGCAACUGUUCUUGGUGAUACAUUCAAUUACCACAUAUAAAUAAUUAUUAUUCAUAAUGGUGAUAAAUCAAGAAGCCUUUGGGGGUGGCUGUAGUAGCAGUGGAAAUGAAUCUUCCGAUAUUAUCUUCAACUAUGAUGACACAGAUUCCCAUGCGAAUGAAAUUGCAGAGUUAUACAGCUACACAGAACAACCUGAAUUGACUCUCAAUGUACGAGCAUUUGAGGAACAGAUGGAAACAUACCACUUACCUCCAAGUUGGCAAAGAUUAUCUAGUGCUGAUCAAGAAUCCAUAGUUAUGAAACUACUAAAUCAACUGGAGAUAUGUAACAAGUCCCUUAGAAUGAGAGCUGCAAGGUGUGUUUUAUAUUUGGCACAAGGUUGUUGGGCCGAGAUGCAGUCAGACACAGAACAGUUAGAAUGGACUAAGAAAAAUGUUAUGUUACUUUGUAAACUUGGAGCUUUUUCAGCUUUCACAGACCUCUUAAAUUUGGAAAUAGAAAACAGUAGUGCUUCUCAUGUUGCAAUGAGGAAAGUGGCAGUUUCUCUGGCUGAUUCUCAAGACUUGAGAGUAAUAUUAUCUGUUCUUUACACUAUAGUAGAAGUUGUUAGAAAUGAAAACAACUCUGAAUCUACAGAGUACAAGGAAAUAAUAGAAUCAUUCAUAAAUGAUAUCAUUUAUCCGGAUAAUGAGGAAAUUAUGAUUGUGAAGUUGUUAGGAAUGAUUACUAAAUUCUGUAGUGGUACAGCCCCUCAUUUUCCAAUGAAGAAAGUUUUGCUGCUUUUGUGGAAAUUGAUAUUGAUAACAUUGGGAGGCAUGAAGACUCUCAAAGAGAUGAAAGUAGAGAAGAGGAAAAAGGCUGGAUUACCAGUUUACAACGAAGAUGCAUUUGAGGUUCUGAAAAAUAUGAGGCCUUCUUCUCCACCAGCUAGUGCUUCGGAUCUCCUGGAAGCUCAAAACCAAAAGAGAAACACAAGACCUUUUAGAAGACAAAUUCUGAUGAAACAGAGUAGUUUAGAUGACCAGGAUACCAUGGGUAUGGAGUUAGAUUCAUCGAUGGGAGGAGAAAAUAAUGAUGAUAUGAAUGAUUUAUCAGAGUUCUAUGAUCGAAGGGUUUCUGAGAAUAAUGAAAAUAACCAGAUGUAUAACGCAGAUUUUCAAAAUAAGCCACCUACUCCACCACCAAAUAUGUCAGAUACUUUAGUUGUGCCAAGGGGAUUACCUUGGAAGCCAAAAAUUCGACAGAAGGAAAUUGAUGCAUUUCUAGAUGUUUCUCGAUUGAAGUUUGUUGGUUACAGCCUUCAGGGCGAUUCGACAACACUGGCCGGUCUACCACUGCCCAUUCAUGAAGGAGUAAAAAUUCUGAAGGAGCACGUUUACACCUCUCUUUCCGAACUGCAGAUUCAAAAAGAGGAAGAAAUCGCGAGAAAUCCGUUUUCGACCACGGAAGGUGACAUUGAGAUGACUAGGACAGAGAUACUCUACCGGGCCAUGUUCCCCAACCUACCCCAAUACAUGAUCGCGCUGCUGAAGAUCCUCCUAGCCGCUGCGCCAACCUCGAAGGCCAAGACGGACUCUAUUAACAUCAUGGCCGACAUCCUACCUGAAGAGAUGCCGAUGACGGUCCUUCAGUCGAUGAAACUGGGUAUUGAUGUCAAUAGACAUAAGGAGAUAAUAGUAAAAGCAGUGUCCGCGAUCUUGUUGCUCCUGUUAAAACACUUGAAACUUAAUCACGUCUACCAGUUUGAGUUCAUGUCUCAGCAUUUGGUUUUUGCAAAUUGCAUCCCUCUAGUCUUGAAAUUUUUCAACCAGAACAUCAUGGCCUACGUCGGCGCUAAAAACAUCAUCCCCAUACUCGACUUCCCCUCUUGCGUGAUCGGAGAUCAACCGGAAUUGACAGUGGAAACUCUGGAGAUAGGAGAUUCUUCCCCAUAUUCUUGGAGGAACAUCUUUUCCUGCAUAAACCUGCUGAGGAUACUGAACAAGCUGACAAAAUGGAAACAUUCCAGGAUAAUGAUGUUGGUGGUGUUUAAAUCGGCGCCCAUUUUGAAACGUACACUGAAGGUGCGUCACGCAAUGACUCAACUGUACGUUUUGAAGUUACUCAAGAUGCAGACGAAAUAUUUGGGCAGGCAAUGGCGAAAAUCGAACAUGAAAACGAUAAGUGCGAUAUACCAGAAAGUGAGACACAGAUUGAACGACGAUUGGGCCUUCGGAAACGAUUUGGACGCGCGUCCGUGGGACUUCCAGGCUGAGGAGUGCGCUCUAAGAGGAUCCGUGGACAGAUUCAACAACAGGAGAUAUACCAAUGUCUGCGACGCGGAAUACGAACCGGUGGAUAACUGCCUGAGUAGCGUUCUCGGGGUACCUUACGAUCUUUCGGAAAGUUUCACUUCCAAUUAUGAAUUGUGGUUGGAGCAGGAGGUCUUUUCCAACUCUGUCAAUUGGGACAAGCUGCUGGAAAACUGAAAUGUGUAUAUAUCUUCUUUUACUUUCGAUUUGUUUUUAUUUAUCGUUGGCAAGCUUACACAUCACUCUUUUCAAAAUUCUGUUUCCAAGAUGUUUUAUACCGUAAUUUGAUAUUUUUUAUUAGUGAGGCAAUUCUUCUUUCUUCUAUCGCGUCGAUAAUAUUUAAGACAUAAAAAUAUCGCAAUAUCAUUUGGAUUGAAUAGAAUUGAAACAAUGUAUAGUGCUAUUAAACUCAAUAUUUAUUAUUUCUAA